CGCCUUGGCCACACAACAUAACACCACCACCAACUUCUCCAGUCUCCUAUCGCUCGCUCCCCACUGAAGAUCAUGGCCAAUCCAUCCCAUCGCUCCCCAUCUCCACGCUUGCUUGCGGCGGUUCUCGUAGCAGUACUUGUGCUUCUCUCGGCAGAUCGAGUCCAUGUAGCAGAAGCGGUGACGUGCGCCGCCACGGAGCUGAGCUCGUGCCUGUCCGCGAUCACGUCCUCCGCGGCCCCAUCAGCUCUGUGCUGUAGCAAGCUGCGAGAGCAGAGGCCGUGCCUCUGCGGGUACAUCAAGGAUCCAAAUCUCCAACAGUACGUCACCUCUCCCAACGCCAAACGAGUCGCUCGCACCUGCGGCGUCACGUACCCGACAUGCUAGUGUCCGGUACCCGGAAGCUCCCAUAUUCGAUGCCGAGAGAAUGCGAAAAUAAGAACGAGUAUGGUACUCUAGUUAAAUCAUUUGAAAUAAAGAAACAAGCAAGAUUGCUGGAAUAAUCAUAUUGCAAUGACAUGAUGUUGCCGUGACCUAUAUAGUUGUGCCCUAUGAAGUUGAAGAGAUGAACUCUUAUUUAGUGUUC